AUGAACACGUUCCGUUUCCGCCUGAAUUGCAUCGAUCACUACCAGGCAGUGCCGACUGAUCUCGAUCCGGUCCUCAGGCGGGUCCCUGGAAUUUCUCAGCAUCAGCGUGCCCCGCAAGUCCCCGUUAUUCGCGUCUUUGGUGCCACAGAAACAGGCCAGAAGGUAUGCGCGCAUAUUCAUGGCGCAUUGCCAUAUCUCUAUCUAGAGUACACCGGUAGCCUAGAUCAGGAUGCAGGCAUACCGUUCUAUGGAUAUCACGUCGGUUACAAGUUCUUCUUGAAGGUUUACCUGCUGAAUCCAGCACACAUGACCCGAUUCGCCGAUCUUCUCCACCAAGGGGCCAUCAUGAAUCGCACCUUUCAGCCCUACGAAAGCCAUCUGCAGUAUUUGUUGCAGUGGAUGUGCGAUUACAAUCUUUAUGGAUGCGGCUAUAUCGAUUGUGCAAAAGUGCAAUUCCGAGGCCCUGUGCCUGACAGCGAUGCAAUCGACAUCACAAGUCACAAAUGGCACGAUGCAUCAAUAUCGAAUCAUCUGCUUGCCGAACCAGACCAGUACCCUCGCCAAAGUCAUUGUUCGCUUGAGAUCGACGUGUGCGUACAAGACAUCUUGAACAGACACGAGCUACAUUCUCGUCCAAUCCACCACAGUCUGUUCGAGCAAUCGUUCGCUUUGAAGUCAGACGAAAAGUAUGUUCCUUCGAUGGCUGGUCUGUGGCGCGAUGAAACAAUCCGACGCAAACGCCGGAUGGGUCUGACCAAUCCUUCGAGUAGCCCAUUUCCUCCCGAGGUGCUCGUGUCCAUGUCCGCAGAUACGAGGAAUAAUGAGAAAGCAGGGUGGAUCCACGAAGAAGAGUAUCGAGAGCUUCUGGAACAGCUUGUCAACGAUGAGAAUCGCCUUGGUCCUGUUGCAGAUAGAGCGACAUUUGUAAAGCCAGCUGAAGGUGAAGCCCACAUCAAGACGGCUCUCGAGAGCGUCGAAGAUCUUUACCCUGGGCAUUUUGAAACACAUCUCUUGGCAGAAGAAGAGGAUCAGCUUCAGCUUCUUGAACAAGAUGCUCAAGCACGCAUCUCGCCCCCCGAGGAUAAUUUUGAUGUCGCAAACGUUAAAGAAGAUAUGGAUCUAGAUGAUCCAACCCAUACGGAAGAAGCGCCUUCACUAGACCCUCUUAGUGUUUCUGAAGCGCAGAUCAUGACACAACACGACCAAGAGAGUCGAUUGCCUAAUGGUUGCUCCAGUGAGUUGGAUAGCAAUCAAAGCGAAGAUCGUGGCACGCGUAAGCGAUCCACAUCUGUAGAAGAUGAGAGGCUGCGUAAAAAGCAUAGGCCCUCGCAAGAGGAUACAGACAGCGCCCCAAGUUCGUCUCUUUCUGUGAAAGCUGACGGCCAUGGAAUACACGGUUCCAAAAAAAACUCACGUCCCGGUCAGUCAUCUCAGAAUGAAGCCAGGCCGAGUACAUUGCCAUUUCCAGUGGUCAAGAAUCCAAGAGCCCCCGAGACCCGCCUGCGCUUGAGCCAGACCGAUAUCUCAAAGCUCCCUGUGCUGUAUCGAGAUGCAUAUUACAGCGACGAGGCAGAUGUCCCUGAACGAUCGAGAGAGUAUGCAGGUCGAGACUUCACCUUGCAAAGUACCACUAUUCCGUAUUUACCUUUGUUUGACCCUGUCAAUAUGUCAUUUCUUGACAGCAAAAGUGAAUUCGUCGACAAGAAGCACCCUGAAGAUCCCCUACGUCCCUUGCAAUGCAGCUUGCGACAUUGGGAGCUUGGACCUGCUCCGCCAUCUUACAAACAAGUGAAUCGAUGGCUUCGUAACGAGAGGCAACACAACAGUGCUGGCCCAGCACCAAAGGCCUCUAAUCUACCACACCAACGCAAAUUUCCAGAGCAUGUCUCGCAAGUGGAAGGACCCACCCAGAACAACAAACAUGGCUUCAAGUACUCUCAGAAAAUAGCAUCAACCAGCGUCAAGCACGAGACUCAAUAUAUGAGUAUCCUGAGCUUAGAGGUCCAUGUCAACUCGAGAGCAUCAUUUGCGCCAGACCCUGUCAAAGACGAGAUUCAGGCAAUAUUCUGGUGCAUACAAGGCGAGGACGGUGCGAACGGUGACCACCACCGCACCGGCAUGCUGUGUCUCUCUGACGACGAAGGCAUUGUAAACCAGAUAAGAAAGCAGACGUCAGUGGCGGUAGAAUACGAAGAAGACGAGCUCGACUUAAUCAACCGAAUUGUCGACAUCGUACGGCACUUCGAUCCAGAUAUUUUGACCGGGUAUGAGGUGCACAAUGGCUCUUGGGGCUAUCUAAUCGAGCGCGCUCGCUUGAAGUUCGAGUACGAUCUUUGCGAUGAAAUUAGUCGUACCAAGUCACAAUCGCACGGCAGAUUCGGCAAAGAAGCCGAUCGAUGGGGGUUCACCCAUACUUCCACUAUCCGGGUAACCGGUCGUCACAUGAUCAAUAUAUGGCGUGCGAUGCGAGGGGAACUGAACUUGCUUCAGUAUACCAUGGAGAACGUCGUCUUCCAUGUCCUGCACAAGCGAAUCCCUCACUACCAAUACUCAGACCUCACAACAUGGUACACUAGUCCCAAGCCUCGAGACCUGGCGAAAGUCGUUGACUACUUCAUUACUAGAGUGCAGCUGGACUUGGACAUCCUAGAGGCCAACGAGAUCGUUCCUAGAACAAGCGAACAGGCACGUCUGCUCGGCGUCGACUUCUUCUCUGUCAUUUCACGAGGCUCGCAGUUCAAGGUUGAGUCUACCAUGUUCCGUAUCGCAAAGCCAGAAAACUACCUCCUGGUCUCCCCCAGUCGAAAACAAGUUGGCCAACAGAACGCUCUCGAGUGUCUACCCCUUGUUAUGGAACCUCAAAGCGCGUUCUACUCCAGCCCGCUCCUAGUCCUCGACUUUCAAUCUCUCUACCCCAGCGUCAUGAUAGCUUACAACUAUUGCUAUUCCACAUGUCUGGGUCGCGUCGUCCCAUGGAGAGGCAGGAACAAGAUUGGUUUUACAGAUUUUAAUCGCGAGCCGGGAUUACUGAACCUCGUCAAAGAUCAUGUCAAUAUCGCACCUAAUGGUAUGAUGUAUGUCAAGCCCCAGAUGCGCAAAUCUUUACUUGCCAAAAUGCUCGGAGAGAUUCUAGAGACCCGUGUAAUGGUGAAGAGCGGGAUGAAAAUAGACAAAGACGACAAGACGCUGCAACAGCUGCUCAACAACCGGCAACUGGCCUUGAAGCUGCUGGCAAAUGUCACAUAUGGAUACACGUCGGCUUCGUUUUCCGGCCGAAUGCCAGCCUCUGAGAUCGCCGACAGCAUCGUUCAGACUGGUCGAGAAACAUUAGAGAAGGCAAUCGCGUUUAUCCAUUCUGUUGAAAAGUGGAAUGCCGAAGUCGUAUAUGGUGAUACAGACUCCUUGUUCGUAUACCUCAAAGGGCGUACGCGGGACCAAGCCUUCACCAUUGGAGAAGAGAUAGCUGACACAAUAACACAAAUGAAUCCACGGCCGAUCAAACUCAAAUUCGAGAAGGUGUAUCACCCAUGCGUUCUGCUGGCUAAGAAGCGCUACGUCGGCUUCAAGUACGAGCACCGCAAUCAGAAAGUACCAGAAUUCGACGCCAAAGGCAUCGAAACAGUUCGCCGAGAUGGGACACCAGCGGAGCAAAAGAUCGAAGAGAAGGCACUUAAGAUUCUGUUCAAGACGAGUGAUCUAUCGCAAGUCAAGAGCUACUUCCUGAGCCAGUGCGCCAAAAUCAUGGAAGGACGCGUCAGCAUUCAAGACUUCUUGUUCGCAAAAGAAGUCAAACUAGGCACGUAUUCAGAUCGUGGGCCGCCGCCCCCUGGAGCACUGAUCGCAACUAAGCGUAUGCUCGCCGAUCCACGCGCAGAGCCUCAAUAUGGCGAGCGGGUGCCAUAUGUCGUGGUCACUGGGGCGCCUAGUGCGCGUCUUAUCGACCGUUGUGUGAGCCCCGAAACACUGCUCCAAAAUGACCACAUCGAGCUCGACGCGGAAUACUACAUCCUGAAGAAUCUCAUCCCACCACUCGAGCGCAUCUUUAGUCUCAUGGGCGCCAAUGUACGGCAGUGGUACGAUGAGAUGCCCAAAGUCCAGCGGAUUCGAAACGUCACACUUCCCCUAAACCAACCGCAACUAGUCGCCAACGCGCUUGUGAAGGAAGGCAAUGGUAGUCACAUCAAAACGCUCGAAGGAUAUUUGAAAAGCUCGGUCUGCCUGAUCUGCCGGUCCAAGCUUCCACCUACUCCUAAGCUCAACACAUUCGAUACUGAAUUGAGAUUACCGCUUUGCAAACAGUGCCUUAAGAAGCCUGCAAGGGCAUUAUUGGGUUUGAAGAACAUCAUCUGCAAGAGUGAGAAACGAGCCGCGAAUAUCAAUGCGAUAUGCAGGAGUUGCUCGAAUCUUGCAUGGGGAGAGACGAUCCGAUGCGACAGCCGGGACUGCCCUGUAUUUUAUACACGCAUCAGGGAGAAUUCAAGGCUGGCAGGGCUGAGAGAUGACUUAGGCAGAGUCGUGGAAAUUUUGGAGAAUGAGGACUACGGUUCCGGUAAAGAAGCGUCAGAUACAGAAGGGACAGUGGACGAGGAAGGCGCAGAGCAACAGGAAGAGCGAUAUGUUGAGGAAGGAACCGAGGACGAUGUGGAGCGAUCGGGCUCGAGCGAUGUACUGGAGUGGUAGUUGCUG